AUGCCCGUCUUUCCAUCUUCCUCUCAAUUAUACACUCGUUUAAAGGACACGAUUCCAGCGGUCCUGCCAUGGAAUCAAGGGGACUCUUCCGCGAAAGGCGAUCCUCGAAAGAGCGUCAAAUGGAUCGAUGGCUUUCGAGGAAUCGCCUCUUUCCUAGUAGUAUUAACACACCUCGCUCGCGCCUGGGACUAUAACCUCUUUUCUCCCCGAGACACCGAAGACGUCCCACCACGGAUCCUACAAUGGCCUAUCCUACGCAUCCCCUGGCAAGGUCGCAUCGGUGUCACUAUUUUCGCAUUUCUGACCGGCUAUGUCUGCUCGCUGAAGCCACUGAAGCUCUCUCGGGCCGGCGAUACAACCGCCGCCUUCACCACCAUCGCAAAAAGCGCGUUCCGACGACCUCCACGACUUAUUUUCCCGGCGACCAUCGCCUUGAUCAUCUCGUGGACUGUCGCCCAAUUCGGCGGAUUUAUUGUUGCCAAUCGGUCUGACUGCUGGUGGUGCCGUUAUGCAGCUCCAGACUUGGAAGACUCUCUGUGGAAAGAGAUUGUCCGGUUAGGGCAUAACUUUUUGUCGACGUGGACGACGGGGUAUAUGGCGUACGAUGACCACCAGUGGGCACUUUUGCCUUUAUUACAGGCUUCGAUGCUGGUUUACAUCCUUCUUUUCGUGACCAUGUUUAUGCAAUUCCGAUAUCGAAUGGCCGUUUACAUCGGGAUGCUGCUGUAUUUUCAUCAAGAUGCCGCGAAAGAUACUGAAACAUUCCAGAUGCAAGCUGUCUAUGGCACACUUCUCAGCGAUCUCUCUUAUACCACCGCCCUUAAGAACUGGGUGGAAAAUCAUCGUUAUGCUCGAAAGCUCAUCACCAUCCCACUCACGAUCGCGGGGCUCUUGAUCGCCUCCUACCCUGGUGAACACCCAGAAUGGAUGCCUUGGUCCAAUUUCAUGUUCGAAGUUUCACAGUACAUCUUCCCACCAGACAUCAAUGUCGGCAAGCGCUAUUCAGCCCUCGGCGUGGACCUCAUUAUCUUCGCAAUCUACCUAUCUCCCUCAACCAAAGAGUUUUUGGCCAAUAGACUACUGCUUUGGCUCGGGAAGCAAAGUUUCGCAGUCUACCUCAUCCACGGCACGAUGCUGCGCGUCGUCCUCUGCUGGAUGCUGUACGGAACUAGCGGCCAGCCCUGGGAAGGAGGCGAGGCCGGCACCGAUGAUGAGCGAGACUGGCUGCCGCUGCGUCCACCGUGGGUGGUUACCAUCAGUAUACCGAUAUGGAUUGGAUUGGUGUAUUUACUUGCAGCUGCUUGGACAGCAUAUGUCGAUCCGUUCUGUGCGUCUAUGACCGAGAAGCUGGAGCGAGCAGUUUUUGAAGAGGAUGAGAAUACGCCGUUGCCGUUGCCGGCGGUUUCGAUUCCUAUGCGAACUACAUGA